GCUCGCCGCGGACCCAAGAUGGCGGCGUGUGGACGUGUACGGAGGAUGUUCCGCUUGGCGGCGGCGCUGCAGCUGCUGCUGCUCGCCGCGGCCGGGGCCGACAGAUACCCGGGCCAGGGCGGCCACGGCCAGGGCCAGGGCCCGGCGCCCAACUUUGUGCCCUUCCUGGGGCAGCCUGGAGGCGGCGGGCAGGGGGGGCAGCCGCUGCUUCAGCUGCCUCAGUCAUCUCAGCACCAGCAGCAGCAGCAGCAGCAGCAGCAGCAGCAGCAACAGCAGCAGCAACAGCCGCCGCAGCCGCCUUUCCCCGCGGGUGGGCCUCCGGCCCGGCGGGGCGGAGCGGGACCCGGCGGGGCUGGCGGGGGCUGGAAGCUGGCGGAGGAAGAGUUCUGCAGGGAGGACGUGACCCGCGUGUGCCCCAAGCACACCUGGAGCAACAACCUGGCGGUGCUCGAGUGCCUGCAGGACGUGCGGGAGCCUGAAAAUGAAAUUUCUGCAGACUGCAAUCAUUUGUUGUGGAAUUACAAGCUGAAUCUAACUACGGAUCCCAAAUUUGAAUCUGUGGCCAGAGAGGUUUGCAAAUCUACCAUAUCAGAGAUUAAAGAAUGUGCUGAUGAGCCAGUUGGAAAAGGUUACUUGCUUUCCUGUUUGGUGGAUCACCGAGGCAACAUCACUGACUAUCAGUGUCACCAAUACAUCACCAAGAUGACGGCCAUCAUCUUUAGUGAUUACCGUCUAAUCUGCGGCUUCAUGGAUGACUGCAAAAAUGACAUCAACAUUCUGAAAUGUGGCAGCAUUCGGCUAGGAGAAAAGGAUGUACAUUCACAAGGUGAGGUGGUAUCGUGUUUGGAGAAAGGCCUGGUGAAGGAAGCAGAAGAAGGAGAUCCCAAAAUUCAGGUCUCUGACCUCUGCAAGAAAGCCAUUCUCCGGGUUGCUGAACUGUCCUCAGAUGACUUUCAUUUGGACCGGCAUUUAUAUUUUGCUUGCCGAGAUGAUCGGGAGCGUUUUUGUGAAAAUACACAAGCUGGUGAGGGCAGAGUGUAUAAGUGCCUCUUUAACCAUAAGUUUGAAGAAUCCAUGAGUGAAAAGUGUCGAGAAGCAUUAACAACUCGCCAAAAGCUGAUUGCCCAGGACUAUAAAGUCAGUUAUUCACUGGCCAAAUCCUGUAAGAGUGACUUGAAGAAAUACCGGUGCAAUGUGGAAAACCUCCCUCGGUCCCGGGAAGCCAGACUCUCCUACCUUCUAAUGUGUCUGGAGUCAGCUGUGCACAGAGGGCGGCAAGUGAGCAGUGAAUGCCAGGGGGAGAUGUUAGAUUACCGACGCAUGUUGAUGGAAGACUUUUCUUUGAGCCCUGAGAUCAUCCUGAGCUGUCGGGCGGAAAUUGAACACCACUGUUCUGGAUUACAUCGGAAAGGGCGAACCUUGCAUUGUCUGAUGAAAGUCGUUCGGGGGGAGAAAGGGAACCUUGGCACCAACUGCCAGCAAGCGCUUCAAACACUGAUUCAGGAGACUGACCCUGGGGCAGAUUACCGCAUCGAUAGAGCAUUGAAUGAAGCUUGUGAAUCUGUAAUACAGACAGCCUGCAAACACAUAAGAUCAGGAGACCCAAUGAUCCUCUCAUGCCUGAUGGAACAUUUAUACACAGAGAAGAUGGUGGAAGAUUGUGAACACCGUCUAUUAGAGCUACAGUAUUUUAUCUCCCGAGAUUGGAAGUUGGACCCUGUCUUAUACCGCAAGUGCCAGGGAGAUGCGUCUCGUCUUUGCCACACCCAUGGUUGGAAUGAGACCAGUGAACUAAUGCCUCCUGGAGCCGUGUUCUCUUGCUUAUAUAGACACGCCUAUCGCACCGAGGAACAGGGCAGGAGGCUCUCAAGGGAGUGCCGAGCUGAAGUCCAGAGAAUCCUCCACCAACGAGCCAUGGAUGUUAAGCUGGACCCAGCCCUCCAGAAUAAGUGCCUGAUCGAUCUGGGGAAGUGGUGCAGUGAAAAGACGGAGACUGGGCAGGAACUUGAGUGCCUCCAGGAUCAUCUUGAUGACUUGGCCGUCGAGUGCAGAGAUAUAGUUGGCAACCUCACCGAGCUAGAAUCCGAGGAUAUCCAAAUCGAAGCCUUGCUGAUGAGAGCCUGUGAGCCCAUAAUUCAAAACUUUUGCCACGAUGUGGCAGAUAACCAGAUAGACUCUGGGGACCUGAUGGAGUGUCUGAUCCAGAACAAACACCAGAAGGACAUGAAUGAGAAGUGCGCCAUCGGAGUCACCCACUUCCAGUUGGUACAGAUGAAGGACUUUCGGUUCUCCUACAAGUUUAAAAUGGCCUGCAAGGAAGAUGUGUUGAAACUUUGCCCCAAUAUAAAAAAGAAGGUGGAUGUGGUGAUCUGCCUGAGCACCACCGUGCGCAAUGACACUCUGCAGGAAGCCAAGGAACACCGGGUGUCCCUGAAGUGCCGAAAGCAGCUGCGGGUGGAGGAGCUGGAAAUGACAGAGGACAUCCGUCUAGAACCAGAUCUGUAUGAAGCCUGCAAGAGUGACAUCAAGAACUACUGCUCCAGUGUGCAAUAUGGCAAUGCUCAGAUUAUUGAAUGUCUGAAAGAAAACAAGAAGCAGCUGAGUACCCGCUGCCACCAGAAAGUUUUUAAGCUGCAGGAAACAGAAAUGAUGGACCCAGAACUAGACUACACACUCAUGAGAGUCUGCAAGCAGAUGAUCAAGAGAUUUUGUCCAGAAGCAGAUUCUAAAACCAUGUUGCAGUGCUUAAAACAAAAUAAAAACAGUGAGUUGAUGGAUCCCAAAUGCAAACAGAUGAUAACCAAGCGCCAGAUCACCCAGAACACAGAUUACCGCUUAAACCCCGUGCUGAGGAAAGCCUGUAAAGCCGACAUUCCCAAAUUCUGCCAUGGUAUCCUGACUAAGGCCAAGGAUGACUCAGAGCUAGAAGGUCAAGUGAUUUCUUGCCUCAAACUAAGAUACGCCGACCAGCGCCUUUCCUCAGACUGUGAAGACCAGAUACGGAUUAUUAUCCAGGAAUCUGCUCUAGAUUACCGACUAGAUCCUCAGCUCCAGCUGCACUGCUCAGAUGAGAUCUCCAAUCUGUGUGCCGAAGAAGCAGCAGCCCAAGAGCAGACGGGUCAGGUAGAGGAGUGCCUCAAAGUUAACCUGCUCAAAAUCAAAACGGAAAUGUGUAAAAAGGAAGUGCUAAACAUGCUGAAGGAGAGCAAAGCAGACAUCUUUGUGGACCCAGUUCUUCACACAGCUUGUGCUCUGGACAUUAAGCACCACUGUGCUGCCAUCACCCCUGGCCGAGGGCGUCAAAUGUCCUGCCUUAUGGAAGCCCUGGAGGAUAAGCGGGUGAGAUUACAACCAGAGUGCAAAAAACGCCUCAAUGAUCGGAUUGAAAUGUGGAGUUAUGCAGCAAAGGUGGCCCCCGCAGAUGGCUUCUCUGACCUCGCCAUGCAAGUGAUGACAUCGCCAUCCAAGAACUACAUUCUCUCUGUGAUCAGUGGGAGCAUCUGUAUAUUGUUCCUGAUUGGCCUCAUGUGUGGACGUAUCACCAAGCGAGUGACACGAGAGCUCAAGGACAGGUAGAGCCACCUUGACCACCAAAGGAACUACCUGUCCAGUGCCCAGUGUGUACAGCCCUCCUGUAUAGUGUCCCCACUCACCUCGUUCUUCUGAGAGGUGACAACACCACCCAUGUUAGAGCAGCAGCAGGUACCCACUGCAUUGUCCCAUCUCAGACUUCACCCGUGUCCAUGGUGUCCUCCUCCUCCUCCUCGACUGUUCGUGCAGCAUCAGCAGCUGGCCGCUUUGGUUGUUGCCUUUGUUGGCAAACUUGGGUGUACCUGCCCAUAGACAAGUCUCUCAUACAGUGGAACUACCAGUACUUCCAGAACCAACUUACCUGACCUGCAACUCAAAUGAUUUUUU